AACAAUUUUUCUUCCUCUCCCACAAAUCUCUUUCCUCAUGUUCUCCCCCGUCACAUCCUCCUCCUUCCCCCACCAAUUUCUAACUCUCCCUCAUUCUUGAUUUCUUCCUCGAAAAUUCAGAAGGAACCUUUUUUCUGUUUAUGGGAAGAAGAAACACACAAGAGAAAAAAGAGAAAAAAAUGCGUAGAGAUUUCUUUAUUUUAUUAUCUCUCCAAUUCGUAUACUGUUAAGUCCCCACUGAUUUUUUGGUUCAACUCAACAUCCAAAGUAUCUCCAUAGGGAAAAAUACACAGGGAGAGGGGAAUAUUUUUGUCAAUUUCUGGUGGAAUAUCAAAAUCAAGGGAAUUCUCCCCAAAAUAUCCUCAUCUUCUACUUAUUGUAAUACAUAAGGGAUUCUCUCCAAAAUCUCUCUCAUCACUGCUCCGAGUAUAAUUUUUUUCCUGACACAUACAGAAGCGUCCAGCCUUUCGAAUUGAAUUUCCCAUGAGCUGCUGAAUUGUGGAGGGGUGAGUUUCUGUUUAUUUGUACUCUUUCUAUCAGAGCUCUGCUUGAAACGGGAAUGUUAUUUUUUCACAACUAGAGAUUGGGUUUUUCUUCGUUCUCUUGGUUUGAUUUUUGAGAGAUGGGUGAUAAGUUUUGGGUGAACGAAGAAAAAAGGGCUUUGCUGGAAUCGGUUGUUGGUAGUGAAGCUUGUGAGUUCUUGAUUUCAUUGGCAUCUACCAAUAUCUUGCCCGAGGUGUUGCAUUUCCCCCGAGGGGAUUUGAGCCUAAAUCAAGGGCUCACUCAACUUUUGGAUGGUUCAUGUUGGAACUAUGCAAUCUUUUGGCGUGCGGUUGGCUUGAAAUCUGGAGGUUUGGCUUUAACUUGGGGUGAUGGAAACUGUCAUGAUCCAAAAAAGAUUGGAAUUUCAAGUUCUGGUGGGGAUGGUCAGGGAGAGAAGAAAGAGGAAUUGAAGAGGCAGGUGCUUCAAAUGCUCCAUUCCUCUUUUGGAGGGUCUGAUAAAGAUGGAUGUGGGGCAAGGAGGGAGGAAGCGUCGGAUAUCCAGAUGCUCUACCUAACUUCAAUGUAUUACAAGUUUAUGUGUGACUCAACAACCAGUCUGGGGGAGUCUUACAAAUCCGGUAAGUCUAUAUGGGCUUCGGAUGUAACGAGUUGUUUACGUAAUUACCAAUCGAGAGGGUAUUUAGCUAAAUUGGCUGGUUUCCACACACUGGUCUUUGUACCUGUAAAGUCAGGAGUUGUUGAGCUUGGGUCUGUUAAAUCAAUUCCAGAAGAUCAGAGUGUUGUGGAGUUGGUUAAAGCUGCCUUUGGCGGAUCAAAUACUGCCCAGUUAAAGGCCUUCCCAAGGAUCUUUGGUCAUGAGCUAAGUUUAGGUGGAACACGACCGCUUAGUAUUAAUUUUUCACCAAAGUUGGAAGAUGAUCCAAAAUUUUCUUCGGAAGGCUAUGAUCUGCAAGUUUUAGGUGCUAAUCAUAUCUUCGGAAAUUCUUCCAAUGGGUGUCGGAGUGACGAUAAUGAUGGAAAGCUGUUUCCACAUGUGAAUCAAGAAAUUGUUGGGGGUUUCAGUGCUCAAACAAGGCUUUCAACUUUGGAGUUUCCAAGGGAUGAAUCUUCCCCUCAAGGAGAUGACAGAAAACCAAGGAAGAGAGGGAGAAAGCCUGCUAAUGGGAGGGAGGAACCACUGAAUCAUGUGGAAGCAGAGCGGCAGAGACGCGAAAAGCUUAACCAACGAUUCUAUGCAUUAAGGGCUGUUGUCCCCAAUAUCUCCAAGAUGGACAAGGCUUCUCUACUCGGCGAUGCUAUUACCUAUAUCACUGAUCUCCAAAUGAAAAUUAAGGUUAUGGAGACUGAAAAACAGAUUGCCAAUGGCAGGCAGAAAGACGCAGAGGUUGAUUUUCAGGCAAGAGAAGAUGAUGCUGUAGUGAGGGUGAGUUGUCCACUCGACGUGCACCCUGUUUCUAGAGUUAUCAAAACAUUUCGGGAACACCAUAUUGAAGCUCAAGAAUCUAACGUUUCGACCACCGACAAUGACAAAGUUAUUCACUCAUUCUCCAUUAGAACUGAAGGUGGUGGUGCCGAAGAAUUGAAGGAGAAGCUGGUGGCUGCCCUGUCAAAAUGAUAUAAUUUGUAAAAUACUACCUCUUUUAUGUAUACAGAGUCAAGCCUCAACAUGUCGAUUUUCAGGUAGUUGUAUGACUAGUUUCUUUAGCUGUUGCAGUAAAAAUGUGGAAAUUGCUCCUUAGUGAUUAGUGAAGUUUGUAAAAGCCAAGUUACAUUCUUCCUCUGUAUGUUAUGUUUAAUGUCUAAAUGUGCCAUGUUCUGUAUUGUAUUGAUACAUGUUAAAACACAGAUCAUCAACUGAACUAUAUUUAGAGCUUAAGAUA